UCCAAUUAGCUUCUUAUCACUCAACGCGGUGUGCUGUGGAAAAGUCAGUUUCCCGCCUCAGUCCUCUUAUCCUCUAUAUAUUUUCUUUUGUUGUUUGUUCAUUGUCUAAUCAACUUCUGUUUGCUCUUUCUCUAUGUUCAUCAUGGGUUCUCCGGCAUCCACUGAACCUUCUCUUUCUCUCUUUUUCUCCACAUUGAUAAUUCUGGCUUUGAUCUUGAAUCCUGCAUUUGCUUCAAGAGAUUGUAAUUUUCCGGCGAUCUUCAACUUCGGUGACUCAAAUUCUGACACUGGUGGCUUGUCUGCUUCGUACUAUCCCACACAACCACCCAAUGGGGAGACCUUCUUCCACAUGCCGGCUGGAAGAUAUUCUGAUGGGCGGCUAACCAUCGAUUUCAUGGCGCAGAGCCUUGGAUUGCCCUACCUAAGUGCUUAUCUUAAUUCCCUGGAAUCUAAUUUCACCCAUGGCGCCAAUUUCGCCACAGCAGCAUCGCCGAUUCGACCGGUGAAAAGAGGUCUAAGUGAGGGUGGAUUUAGUCCAUUUUACUUAUUGGUGCAAUACUGGCAAUUCAUGCAAUUCAAAUCUAGAUCCCAGUUGAUCAAGAAAAGAGGUGGAGUCUUUGCAAGUUUGAUGCCCAAGGAAGAAUAUUUUUCUCAAGCUCUGUAUACAUUUGAUAUUGGUCAGAAUGACUUGGGAGCAGGUUUUUUUGGUAACCAAUCUGUUCAAGAAGUUAAUGCCUCAGUCCCUGACAUAGUCAGCAACUUCAGCAGGGAUGUUAAGUUAAUUUAUGACCUUGGAGCUAGAUCAUUCUGGAUCCACAACACUGGUCCCAUUGGUUGCCUUCCAUACAUUUUGGUUAAUAUGCCUAUAACAGCUUCUCAGAUAGACAAGGCCGGUUGCGCCGCUCCUUACAAUGAUGUUGCACAGUAUUUCAAUAAGAAGUUGAAGGAGGCUGUGGUUCAGCUCAGAAAGGACCUUCCCUUGGCUGCAUUCACAUAUGUAGAUGUUUAUUCGGUGAAGUACCUUCUCAUUAGCCAAGCUGAGAAGUAUGGUUUUGAGCACCCACUUGUAGCUUGUUGUGGCUAUGGAGGCAAGUAUAACUACAGUCCUACUGCAGGAUGUGGAGAUACAAUCACUGUCAAUGGCACCCGACUAUUUGUUGGAUCCUGCAAGCGCCCUUCUGUUCGAGUAAUUUGGGAUGGAAUACAUUACACCGAGGCAGCUAACAGAUGGGUUUUUGACAGGAUUGUCGAUGGCAAAUACUCGGAUCCACCUCUUCCUUUGAGAAUGGCAUGCCACAAGAAAGCCAUGUAAAUUGAGCAUGCAUGCUCAAACAUGAAUCAGAUAUAUGUAUGCCUAACAUACUUAUAAGCUGUAGUGAGAAUAAAAAUGGAGUUCCUUUUAUUAUCAUGUAUAAUUGUGACUCUGUGGCCACAGCUUAGUUCGUUGAUUAUGAUUAUUUCACAAGCAUGUUAGCAGAUAGAAAUACAUUCUUCUUCCUC